CCAGCAGUAGCCAAACGCCUAAAACCUCGAUGUCUACAGAGACCACCACAUCAUCUGAGACUGAGAUGAGCGCUACAAUGUCUCCUACAACUUCAUCAUCACUCUCACCAUCCUCCACCACCUCAGGGCCCCAGACAACGGACACAACCAUCACCACCACCACACCCCUGACCACUCCACCAACUGAGAGCACCCAAACCAUCCUAACAUCCACUAACCUCCCCAGUCCAACCAGUGCCAUCACCGUGACCUCUGACCAAACGACGACACCUGCGAGCGACACCACGACCGUCUCUACCUCCACAGCUGGUUCCCCAGCCAAUAGCGCAUCCUCACAACCAGCUAGCUCAACUGGAGCUCCGACCACCACACCUUACAGUUCCUCUACUGCCAGGCUGACGUCGCCCAAGGCCCCAGCUAGCAGCCCCACAUCCGAAGGGGGGGAACAGAAACCGAAGCCUCUCAGCUCAGGAAGUGUUGCAGUUAUUGUCUGCAUGUUCCUCCUGCUGGUCGUCCUGGUACUGGGAGGAUUGUACCACUACAAGUUUAGACGGACGUCAUACGGCCCUCUCAUGGAAAGCUUCGACCACGGCAGCAUAGGAAACUUCCCCAACCCGAUGUAUGACCCUUGAUGUUUUGGAUCUCUUAUCUCAGGAGAAUGAAGAGUCUCUGCAGACUGUAUCGAUCUGCACAGAGAGUUGUAGCAGUAUGUGACUGUGGACGUAUGUUUCAGUUAUGGAACCUGUCAUGAACACUGGUUAAGUGGCCUAUUUCCGUGUUUUUC